AUGGCAACCUCCACCCAACCAGCCGCACCUACAGACGCCACCUCCCACCUCGACCUAGGCAUCACCCUCGCAAUCAACAACUGGCCGGCCCUCACCCUAGCCGUGCAAUCAAACUGGGGCGGGCCAAACUCCAGCGAAAAGCGCGACUGGCUCUGCGGCGCGAUCUCCGAUAUGCUAGCCGACAGACCCGAGACCGACGCAGAAGACCUGGAGGAAGUCUUCAUCCAAGUGAUGAACGACGAAUUCGACGUAGCGGUUGACGACGAGAGCGCGGCCGAUCUGGCGGAUCUGAUUAUGGAAAUCAAGACGCAGACUGAUCGCGGCGAGUUCGGCACCGUCCAGCAGAUGUGGGAGAAGUAUCAGAAGAAGAGCGAGCGGUCUGCCGCUAGUCAGUUCCAGAGGGUUGAGGAUCAGGAUCAGGAGACGGAUGAGGAGAGUGAGGAGGAUACGGAGAUGGGGGAUGCCCCUGCUUUGGUGCGGGCGCCGAGGGAGAGGGCUGAGCCUGAGGUUGAUGAUGAAGGGUUUACGAAGGUUGUUGGGAAGAAGAGGUAG